AUGCCCGUUCCUCUUGCGCUUGCCGUACCCGCGGUGGCUGCAGGCCUGGCAUAUGUCAAUGCUAAGACUGCUUUGUGGUACGACUACACAAUGCUAAGGGGCAUCACACGCGCCGUCUGGCGCCAUGAUCGGCGGGAGAAGGCCGAUAGAGUCAACAACUUCUACAGCUUGGAGGAGCGCGCAACCAACAAAGCAACGGGUAGCAAUAUCUUUCUCAUGUUUGAAGAUCGAACCUGGACUUACGCCCAAUGCUAUGACAUGGCCAUGAGAUAUGGCAACUGGCUCAAAAUAAAGUAUAAUCUUAAAAAAGGAGACGUGGUUGCCAUGAACCUGCAGAACUCGGAUCACUAUAUUCUCCUCUGUUUCGGGAUGUGGUCAAUUGGCGUCAAACCGGCUUUCAUAAACUAUAACCUUACCGGCAAAGCGUUGACUCACUGCGUGGAAGCUGCUAAUGCUGUAUUAAUGCUGGCUGAUCCUGAGCUGGAAAAGAAUGUUGAUGAAUACGUUCGGACUACACUAAAUGGACUCAAGAUCGACUUUUUGACAGAGCAAGCUCACUCUGAAAUCAAGGCGACCACUGCUGAGCGUCCUCCUGAUUCCCUUCGGUCUGGCGACACGGGAAAAGAUAUGGCUAUCCUUAUCUACACCUCUGGCACAACGGGGCUACCAAAAGCAGCCAUCAUUUCCUGGAGCAAGUUGACAGUGGCUGGAAACUUUUGUACGGGAUGGCUCUAUACCCGGCCCACGGACAUCUUUUAUACGUGCAUGCCGAUAUAUCACAGUUCCGCUACGGUCAUGGGCUUCUCACAUAUCUUGGAGGCCGGUGCCACUUUUGCCAUUGGCAAAAGGUUUUCAACCAAAACAUUUUGGAAGGAUGUGCGCCGUUUCGACGCUACCAUGAUACAAUAUGUGGGCGAGACUUUGCGAUAUUUACUGGCAGCUCCUUCCGAGAUCGAUUUGUCGACUGGCGAAAAGUUGGACAAAAAGCACAGGGUGCACACAGCUUUCGGCAACGGGUUACGGCCGGACGUCUGGGAGAAGUUCCGUGAGCGCUUCGGUAUCGAGAGCAUAGCAGAAUUCUACGGUGCGACGGAAGGGUUCCUGGCUACGUGGAAUAAGACUCGGAACGAUUAUGCGGCUGGCGCGAUAGGACGGAACGGGUGGAUCUACGAACUGGUUAUGAACUCCAAGAUGGCCAUCAUUGAUGUUGAUCCUGAUACAUCUGAAGUGAGGAGAGACCCGAAGACUGGAUUGAGCAGGAAGGUGCCACGAGGCGAAGUUGGAGAGCUCAUGUUUCAUAUUCCAGAUAUGGAAAACUCGACAGAGCAGUUCCAGGGAUAUUACAACAACAAGGGGGCCACAGACAGUAAGGUUGUCCGCAAUGUGCUGAAGAAGGGAGAUGGGUAUUUCCGAUCAGGCGAUUUGAUCCGUUGGGACAGAGAAGGGCGGAUGUACUUCCAUGAUCGCAUUGGCGACACCUUCCGUUGGAAGAGCGAAAACGUGGCAACAACAGAAGUGUCGCAAAUGAUGGGAAUGCACCCGAGUGUUCAGGAGGCCAAUGUCUAUGGUGUAGAGCUGCCCAACCAUGACGGGCGUGCCGGAUGUGUGGCAAUCGUGUUGAAGGAAGAACCUAGCGACAGUGUUAUGAACGGUCUCGCCGAGCAUGGGCGGAAGAUGUUGCCCAAGUAUGCUGUACCGAUCUUUCUCCGGGUGGUAAAGGACGUCGGUAGCUCGAUCACUGGCACAAACAAGCAACAGAAACAUGAUCUGAGAGUGCAGGGUGUGGAUCCCUACAAGGUGGGAAGCGAUGAGUUGUGGUGGCUGAAGGGCAACACAUACGUCAAGUUCAGCCACAAGGACUGGCAGGAGCUCAAUGGUGGGAGGGUCAAGCUUUGA